AGUUACGCGCCGACGUCACCACGUCCGUACGUGCUACGUCAUCGCCACCGGUGCACUUCCUUCAUCCGGGUAGUAGAUUUUGAGGUCUGUCCGUUUGUCACCCUGAGAGACCUCCUCGCUCCGCAGUCGGUUCAGAUGGAGUGGCUCCGUGGCUGCAGUGGGAGGCUGCUGGUGCUGGUGCAGGUGCUGCUGUGGGGCUGGGCGAGGGGCUCCGAGCUCACCUUCGAGCUGCCCGACAACGCCAAGCAGUGCUUCUACGAGGAUAUCACAAUAGGCACGAAGUGCACCCUCGAGUUUCAGGUCGUGACUGGAGGCCAUUAUGACGUUGACUGUCGUCUGGAGGAUCCGGACGGUACAGUUAUGUACAAAGAAAUGAAGAAGCAAUAUGACAGUUUUACGUUCACAGCUGCCAAAAAUGGCACCUACAAGUUCUGUUUCAGCAACGAAUUCUCCACCUUUACCCACAAGACUGUGUACUUUGACUUUCAAGUCGGCGAAGAUCCUCCACUUUUCCCCAAUGAAAACAGAGUGACUGCACUCACCCAGAUGGAAUCGGCAUGUGUCUCUAUCCACGAAGCCCUGAAGUCGGUGAUCGACUAUCAGACACACUUCCGUCUGAGGGAGGCUCAGGGCCGCAGCAGAGCAGAAGACCUCAACACUAGAGUGGCGUUCUGGUCCAUCGGUGAGGCUUUCAUCCUGCUGGUGGUCAGUAUCAGUCAAGUUGUUCUGCUGAGGAGCUUCUUUUCAGACAAGAAAACCACCACAACUCGUGUGGGAUCCUAACGUCCCUGGUUAAUUUCGGUCUCUCUCUCUCACACACGCAAGGGACUAAAGGCAUCCAUAGAUAUCAUGGUCUGUUUUCAAAUUUUAGGACUCCAUACACAAAAAGAUUAUUUAAAGGUGUUAUUGUUUGGCCUGGCAUCUUUUAGCGCUACGUAUUGAUUUAGGUUUCAUAUCCUCUGCUAUUUUCAAUGUUAAGAAGUAAACAUCUUAAUUUAUUAUGUGGGUGUGCAUUUAAUUUUUACACUGUUAGAAAGCAUUUAAAGGUAUGUUUUGUUCAUUGGGUAACUUGAGACCUACUUAACACACACUUGGCUCUUCAGAUGUAAAAGAAAUUAUAAAUUGCUCAUGGUACAUGGUGCUCAAUCAGAUGUUAGCGGUAGGACUUCACAGUAUUAUUUGUGAAAAAAUGAAUGGCCCCAAUUACCCAAUAUGCUCCUAAGUAGUCAUUUGGAAGUAUAUUGGCACCAUCAGAUCUGUGAAAAAAGAAGUCAUUUUAGUUUUAGCUCACUUCUGCUUCUCAUAUCUUUUGGUAUUUUGCUUUUUGUGAUUUACUUAUUGUUGCCUUUGAGUAGUGGUAUAGGCACAUAUCCUUUUUUUCCCCUUUGGUGCAGUCAUCUGCUUGCUGAUACUCAGCUGUUACAUUUUUGAAAGAUCCAGAAAAAUACAUUUUGUACAGGUUGGCUUAACCUUUAGCUUCAAGAAGCAAAAUAUGGAUAGCAGGCAUUUUCAAAGAUGUGUAAUCUUGGAAAUUCAUAUACCUAUGGAUGGUCAGAGUUUUCUCUUUAUUCAAUGUUUUUUUUUUUUCUCAUUUUCUGAUUGUUUUCAUGGUUGCGCUCAAAUAACAACCUUGAGUCAAUAUGCGGAGACACUCCAGAAGGUUUAGUAUUUGAGUUUGAAUGACUGCAUGUAUAAGAUCUUAUAUUGCAAUGGUGGCUUUCCUGCUCAGGAAUUAAGCCUAAUCCUAGUCUUAGUCUAGGAUUAGGCUUAGUCUAGGCAGAAGACUACCUUGUCUUCAGCAACCUGACUGCAGUCUAAAAAGGAUUUCUCUGACUCGGCCCUGUUCCAGGAGAACCGUCCUCCUCUAGGGUUCAGCUCCAUUCCUGGUUUAACGUACUUUGCUCUUAGCAUUCAGAUGCUCUUGAAGACCCUAAUGAAGCAAGCCAGAGGAACUCCAGCAGAAGGGUAGUGCUCCUUGAAGAUUCCAGAGUUUAAUUUCAUUUGGGCUCCUCAACCACAUCAUAGGCUGUGGAGUCUACAUUGUCAGAGGCACUGGUUUUAUUUUUUGUGAGUGUAAUCAAUCAAGUGUAAUUUCUUUCAGCCAAAGAUCACUUUUGUGAUUAGAGGGUUUCUUUGGUUUUAAUUUCAUAUAAUGUAGACAGGAAUGUGUGAAACACUACCACCACGUAUAUGCUGAAAGGAAGCAAAUGCUUCACUGAGGUAAGGAAACAACAUUUCGUGCGUAGAUAAGUUUUUACAAAAUGUUUGCAAAAAAUUACACAAAAAUGUGAGUUGUAAUAAACCCCAGGGUUGCAGUAGAGCAGAACACCUCCACUUUUCUGUGGCAUUCUGGUGCAUUCGAGGAGGCUUUCUUUCUGUUGGUGGUCAGUAUGAGUCCGAAAGGUGCCGUAUUUUCCAGUCAUGUCUGUUGGUAAGCAGCUGUUCAAGGAAAUUAAACCACCCCUUGCUCUAAUCAGAAUGCCUGCAGCUUUCUACAGGAAAAGGGCGAUUAUCAACAAAAAUGUUUGGGUUGAUUUAUCAAAUUUAAAAUAUUAGCACAAAAGUUCCAAAAUUAUUUGUUGCUGAAGUUUUCCACCGGUAUCAGUAUAGAGUUAAGUGUGGGUUAAGUGGUAUUCUGCAUACUGCGGAUUGUGUGGAGUAGUUUGUUGCUUUUCAUGAAACAGCUUUACAGAAGGUUGCUCUAAUUGUGAGUUCAUCUUUGGUCUUUAAAGUUUUUUUCACCACAAUGUUCAUUGUACACUGGUUUAUUUUUGAGAGUCUAAUUGUACACUGAUUUAUUCAGACUUUAACUUGUGAACAUGAGACCUUGUAUGCUUCUUCACUUCAACAGCCACUCUGUUGUAUGUCAGUGAUAUCUAGUGUACAGAAUCAAUAAAUCUGAGAUCCAUAUAA